GGGCGGUAGGAUAUCAUCAAGUUGGAAAAGAGAAAAGGCCAUGCCAAGACUGCCCUGCCCCAGGCAGCACGCGGUGCCUGCCUGGAAGUGCCUGGUCCGAUCAGGCCCCACCAGGCGCUGCCUGAUUCUGCCUGCGGCUCGAUCCCGUGCCUGCUUGGCGGUGAGCCUUUGGACCCCACGCCUAUCACUAACCCGAUUAGGGAGUUCCAUCACAGAGCUUAAAUAUCAACAGGAGAAUCUGCUGCUCUGCCGAUCCAGACAUCUCAAUCCUCUUUCUCAACCCUCGUCCUCUUUUCAUCCUUCUGUUCACUCUCUAUCAUCAUCAAGACGCUUUCACUCCACCAUGACUUCCACCCUCCCUCCCCUGCCCGCAAAGCAUCAAGACCUGGUCUCAUGGAUCCACAACCACCCAGACACCCCAAUUAACGAGCUCAUCAGACCCUUCAAUGAACACGAAGCCGUCGUCCGAAAGCUCUUCGCACAGGAACCAUCAAACCCCCUUCUCCAGAACAACUACCUCAACAUCGCCCCCCUAUACGACCAAACCGGUACUAAUGACGUCAGAACCCGAGCCCGCGAACCGGCCGCCGAAGCUCCUGACGUGCGUGACAAGUAUGUCCUACCAUUGUCUGAGGACGCUCGACGGCCCAAUGGCUCUCCUGCCGUGGUGUCGAGUCUCAGCGAGUUCAAGAAGAACUUCAAUAUCUUCUCCGAAGGCUCACUCAGCGACAUGGACUGGAGUAAUGUGGUAGUGGCCGGUAGCGCGGUGGUGACUUCGCUGCUGCCGGUACCGGAGGAGUAUCGCAGUUCAAAGCGCGCGUUGCGGCAGUAUUAUCACGAUAAGUUUGCGCCGGCGUCGGACGUCGAUUUGUUCCUGUACGGACUGAGCGAGGAGCAGGCCAUUGUAAAGAUCAAGAUGAUCGAGGAUAAGGUGAAGAAUGCCAUCUUGUAUGAGACGACGACCGUGCGCACCAAGAACACGAUCACCAUCGUCUCGCAGUACCCCACGCGUCAUGUGCAGAUUGUGCUGCGUAUUUACAAGUCCGUCUCGGAGAUCCUGACGGGUUUCGAUGUCGAUUGCUCGUGUGCCGCGUACGAUGGAAACCAGGUGUUUGUCUCGCCGAGGGCCCUGGCGGCGUAUGUGACGCAGACAAAUCAGAUUGAUUUGAGUCGACGGUCGCCGUCGUAUGAGAAUCGGUUGUCGAAGUACUCGCACCGCGGGUUUGAGAUCCACUGGCCGGCGUUGGAGCGGUCGAGGGUUGAUCCGACUAUCUUUGAGAGAAGCUUUUCCAGAACCGUUGGUCUGGCAAGACUGCUUGUUCUUGAGAAAUUGCCUAAAUCAUCGGAUCGGGAGGAAUAUAUGGAUCAACGACGGCGCGAGCGCGGACGGCCUGACCGAGUGCGAAGAGGUCGGGGCGAGUUGAACGGUAACGUCAAAGCUGACUGGGAGGAUGAGACCCCGGAGUGGAUGGAGGGCGAUGAGCUGUCGGAGUAUAACACGGUCACUAUACCAUAUGGACCCCGGUUCCACGCCAAAAGGAUCGAGAAACUGCUCUACACAAAAGACUUGCUUCUUAACGCAGAGUGGAACAAGCCGAAAGACAGAGAGGUUCACCUGCAUCGCCAUCCUGCUUUCUUCGGCAAUGUGGAGGACGUCAUCCAUGAUUGCUGUGGGCAUUGUCCGGUUCCGGUGACCACUGAAGAGAAGGAGGUGGCGGAGAAAGAAAGCAAGACGUACAUUUCUGGAGAAAUCUCGUUUAUCAAGGAUGACCCUGGUCGCCAGGAGGUGGGAAGUUUUAACCCUAUUACCGAGACUGAUUGGACAGAAAUGGCUUACAUCGGAAACACCGAACGUCUCUGUCACGCCAUUGUGGACGGGGAUCUGGACGCGGUCAAAGAAUGGCUAGCUGGGGAGGAUGCGGACCCGAACAGCCGCGACUACACCGGACGCGCCCCGUUGCAUCUUGCUUGCAUGACGUCCACACCUGAGAUUGUGCAAUGCCUGGUGGACCACGGGGCUAGAUUAACUGCUCGCGUGGCUGACGGGCGAACGCCUCUUCACAUUGCCGCUGCUAGAGGAAGCGUGGAAAUAGUCAGAAUCCUGCUGCACAAGAGCGAGGAGAAUGAAGCUGAGGAGGACAAAAAGGCAGAGCUGCGCAAGGGCAAGACCUUGACUGAAACUGCUACUGAAGAGGCCGGUGAUGAAGACAUUGAAAUGGUUGAUGCCGAGGAUGACGCAACCUCUACCACCGGCUCGUUUGUCAAGGUUGAGAAGGAAUCCGAAAGCCGUGAAGAUGCCGAAACCUUGCCCGGAGACGAAAAUGACGACGAGCCUGAUAUCUACGAUAUCAAUGUCGUUUCUUGGGACAGUCGCACGUCUGCACUUCAUCUGGCUAUCCUCAACAAUCAGGUGGGUGUCGUGGAAGAGCUCGUCGGCUCCUUUGGGGCGGACGUCCUGCUGCCGAUUAAACUGCUCCACAACUACGAUAAAAGCCCGCGCGCCGCCAUCCUUACCCUGGUCCUUGCCCUUCGACUUCCCCUGGAUCAGGCAGUGGUGAUGACCGAGAAGCUUCUGCAACUGGGCGCCACGCCGACCCAGGCCGAUCUGGAUCACAACACUCCCCUUCAUUACAUCGCGGCUACGCCCUAUCGCGAUCUGAUCGAUGUUUACAUGAAAUGUAACGAGCCCGCCACCAAGAAGGCCCUGGAUCACCUUGCAACAGCUGGUAGUUCCUGGAACCCCACUAUGUAUUCCGCCCUGAUGGUGGCGAUCGCUGCCAAGGACAGCACCAACACCAUAAAGCUGCUCGAGCACGGAGCGACCCCAACCAUCUCGUUCAAUAGCUGGUUCAAGUCUGCCGCAGCGGCGACGCCUCACAUCCGCAAUCUGAACAGCGAGACGAACAUGCGGUCUUUCCAACACGGUGUGACACAGCCCAUCAUCGAAGCGGUCAACAGAGAGCUUCCGGAAGUUGUGCUCGAGCUUUUGAACCGGGAGGUCGACCCGAAUACCCUAGACAAGGCCGGAUACGAGGCGCGCAAUUCGAGCAACAAGAGCAGCUACUACCCGGGCAAAUCUCUCCUGGACCUUGUUCAGGACAAGCUCAAGGAGCUGCGAGGAUACGAGGGCGAGACUCGUUUCUUCGUGGAACCAUCCUCCAUGGAAUCGGAUGACGUAUAUUUUCAGGGCCUGGAAGAGGGAACUUACAAGAUGUGGUUGGCGCGAGAGCAAGUGCGGAGGGAGCGCGUGGAGUACAACGAGGCCAAGGAGGACUAUGACAAAAAGGUCCGAAACUUCGGAACGAGAAAGGGGCUUGACGAGAAGAGAGUCGUCGUUCAGCGCCUUAUUCAGGAGUUCGAGCAGGUGGAACAGGUUUUGCUUGAGAAGCGUGCCAAAACCUUCAACGAGAUGUACCCCGACAUUGAAUCGACCGCUGUUUUUUUCAAUGGAUCAAAGUAUAAGCCUGGCGAGCCUGAAGUGUUCAAGCUGAAGUUGGACUUUAAUAUUCCGGAACUCACGGACGAAAAGCGGGAAGGUUAUUUCAAACUAUUCGAGGCAGCGUGGACCGGUGAUAUCCAAACAGUUCAGGCGCUUACGCUGGGAAUGUGGGGAGACGACAACCAACAGCAACCUCUCCAGAUUACUGCCUUUGAUACUAAUGAUAUGUCGCCGUUUGGUAUCGCCGUCAUUCGCGGACACUUCGAGUUGGCCGAACUCAUCCUCGAGAUUGCCCAGGCGCAAUACAAAGUGGUGGAGACGAAGAAUCACGAGCGUUAUAACAUGGACGAUGACAGUGAGUUUGACGACGACAGCGACGAGAUCCGCAUCACUAGCGAGACGAUUGACGACAAAUUCACCGUGGAUGAUAUCGGAGCGUUGGACUUUGAUGUUGGCAGCACGAUCUCUCCUGGGAGCCUAAUAAUUCGGGAAUACCCUGUGUGGAUGUUCAUGCAGGAUCCACCGAAGAUCGGCCUGAUGGGCAGGCGCCAUGGCUCAUUGGAUCUUCUUGAGUAUGCCAUUCGGGAGGACAAUGUUCCUCUCUUGACAUUUCUUCUUGAGAUGGGUCAGAAGUAUCAAACGAGAGAUGAGACUACAGGUUCUGAGAUCUUCUCUCUGUGCGAGCCUGAAAUCUACCUGGCGAUUGAGCUGGGUCGGCUGCGUUGCCUGGAAGAGAUCAUCAGCCGUACGGGAGCGGAUCUGCCGAUCGACCAGCUGGUCAAGAGGAGUGGCGUACAGGUUCAUGAGAAACCCAAAUACUACCAAGGCCUGUCUAUCCACGGACGCAAGCGUACCGACUGGGCUGCUGCUGGAGGUGGUCGGAGGGGUUGGGGGACAGAAGAGCCCGAGACGGACCAGCAUCCCCCUUUGCUGGUGUCUGCCUUUCGGGGUAGUUUGAAGAGUACCGAGUGGUUCCUGGGCACAGCUCCGACACGUCUUUACCUCAACUUCACCAAGCAGCAUGGGGAGGAUAAACGGCUGAGCCUGCUAGCUCAGUCUAUGGAUGGAGUCGAAAAGUCCGUGAAAAACUGGUUGAACACGAGAAGUCACUUGGUCCUCCACUGCGCUGUCAUGUCCAAACCCACCGCCGAAUCCACCGAACUUGUUCAGUACCUGAUCACCCACUACCCGGAGUGCAUUGAAACCAAGUCCGACUACGGAUACACACCGCUCGCGCUCGCCUAUUCCCUGCGCCGUGUUGCAUUCGCCGAACUACUCAUCAAAGCGGGAGCCAACCAAACGAUCCGAGACAGUAAGGGCAACAACCUGAUCCAUCUCAUGCUACGCAGCGCCUGCGGAGACCACCUCGAGGACCCCGACAACGUGACCAAGCUGCUCAACCUGCUCGACAAGCGUCUGGUGUAUUCCAUGUUCAGCGAGCGCUCGUCCGACGGCCCUGGAUCCCUGACUCCAUUCGCGCGCUGGAUGCAUUACACUUACUCAGCAAGACCCUACUGGCGAGACGAACGCAACCAUAACAUGGAAACCGACAAGCGGGUAGAGAUUGUUCGCGCUCUGCUUGACUUCGCCGCGCCCACAGGCCAGAAACACCUCGAGAUGCUCGACGGCACCGGCAACACGCCCAUCCACGACGCCGUGAAAGGCCAACUCCCGCAGAUCUUCGAGUUGAUGAUCACCCACCGCCCGGACCUGUUGCACCGCGAAAACUCAACCGGCACCACGCCCCUCGAACUGGCCGUCGACGCGUGGACCAGCGAAGCGACCGAAAACCCGCCCCCGAUCCCCAACAAAGACGACCGCGGAUAUCGGAGUAACACUGGCGGCAAGAACGUGGUCGAUACAUCACCGGAGGACCUCGUACAGAAGCCAGCGGCCAGCGAACGGAAGCUCAUCUGCGACAUCAGUCGCGCACGAGUCAGCGGACGGUCGGAGAAGCGGAAAUUGGUGAGCUUGAAUGAAGCUAAUGAGGUGGCCAAGAGACUAGCGGUGCAGAGCGAGGCCAAGGCGCGGGCGAUUCGAGGGAACGGGGGUGUAGUGGACAAGGGGGCCAAGAAGUGGUCGGAUGAGGUGACGAGGUGGUAUCAAACGGCGAGGCACUAUACUGAGAAUGAGUGA